AUGGGAGAGUCUACUAUUACGCUACAGGAUGUAGCUAUGAUACUUGGUCUCCGCAUAGAUGGUCCGUGCGUUACCGGUAGUGAUAGACAUUUUUGGUUGGACAGGUGUAAGGAGUUGUUAGGUGUAGCUCCAGAGUCAACGCCUGGAGGAAAUAUUAAAUUAAAGUGGCUAAAAGAGACCUUCUCGGUGUCGUUGCCUUUUGAUGCGCCGCAAAUAUUGAUUGAGCAACAUGCACGUGCAUACAUUAUGCACAUGAUCGGUUCAAUAUUAUUUCCAGAUUCGAGUAAAGAUAAAGUGCAUGCCAGGUGGUUACCACUUAUCGGGGACUUGGACACGUGUGGUGCGUUAUCGUGGGGUAGUGCGGUUUUGGCGUACCUAUAUAGAGAGAUGUCUAAGGUUGCAUUCAUGAAAAAUAGUGACCUCAAAGGGUGUCUCAGCUUACUGCAAGUAUGGGCAUGGGAGAGGCUGCAUUUGAAGCCGAGACUAUGCGUGAAUUUACAAUUAGACGGACAAAUUCCACUAGGAUGCAGAUGGAAUGUCCAAAAAUGUUUUGACGAGACCCCGGCGAGACAGUUAGAUUUCUACCGAAAUGAGCUUGACCGCAUGAAGAUUUUUCAGAUGGAAUGGGAGCCCUACACCCCAUUUCUCGAUCAUCUACCCCCGAUAUGCACAGAAUACCCAGUUAUAUGGAGAGCCAGAGUUCCUCUAAUAUGUUUCGAGAUAGUAGAAAUGCAUGUACCGGACCGCGUGCUUCGACAAUUUGGUCUUGCACAACAUGUUCCGCAAUUUGUUGAAAAAAUAGAGAGGAAGGCGAAGAAAGGAGGCCAACAAAAGGACUGGGCAGCUGAGCAUCAAAAUUAUAUACACAGAUGGAAUGAUAGACAUUUUUGUAUUGUUGAGCAAAUCGAGCCAACUCCCCAGGAAUCAGAUUACUACACUUGGUAUUGGAGGAUAACUAGAAGAUGGAUACUCCAUGCGACCACAUCCCCGGUUGAGUUGCAAAGAGGAUAUGUGCCUCGGGGUAUAGAUGAGAGAGAAUUAGUAUCAGCAAUAGAUGAUGUUCAAACCAUUGCAAAUCGUGGUUUGGAAUUGGCUCGAGAAGGUACAUAUCCCGAAGCACAGAAACAUGCAUCAAUAUAUCAGUCGAUAAUGCAGAGGCUUCACCAAGCCUUACAUCGAACUCAUGAAGACCUUCAUGAUGGACGAGAGGGAAUUGACAUAUGA